AUGGCGAAUCCGAGGAGGGCCAGUGGUCUUCACCUCCAGAACUUCUCCGACGAGGAGACUCCCCUGCCCCAGCAACCCACGCCGCCCUCUCGGCUCUUGUCCAUCGUGGUUUUCCUGAAAAGGCCCCACGCCUUCCCUUUCCUCCUCUCCUUCUUCGUCCUCCUCACUUGGGUCUCCCUCAGGUUCCAUAAUCCCCAACCUCGUUAUAGCAUCAAUGGUUCGUCGUUUCCUACUGCUGCUUCUUCUCUAUCUCAGCGGGAGUCGGCGGACAGGGAUGCCAACCUGGUGCGGUUCAGUUCGGUGAAAUUCCCUUCUCAGUUCCUCAAGGACAAGAGGGGAUGGCUACUUAACCCUGUCACUGCUGCUCGAGAUGCCGGCAUCUCUGGUUCGUAGACUUUAUUUGUUUUCUUUCUGUGCGUCUUUCCCUAUUUUUGCAUCCUAUAAUCUGUAUCUUUGCCCGAGUAAAGCUUUUGGUUCUUCGUGGCUGUAUUCCAUCCGAUGUUUCAAUAGAGAUUGUGAUUUCGGAAAAUUAUGGAUCUCCAUGUGUAUCAAAUGAAUGUUCGUUCGUUUAAUUAAUCGAAAUAAAUUCUAUCGAAUGCAUUUCAUGAUCGGACAAUGCGUUAAUUUAUUGUGCGUAAAUGUAGUUUCUGAUUGUUUCAUUUUACGAUCAGACGUGUGCAUUUCCUUCCUUAGGGUUUCAUGAUGAUUGUUUUUAUGUUUUUCAAAGGGUUCCGGGUUUAUGUGAUCGAAGCAUUUAGCUCUUAUCGGUGGAAGCAUCUAGACAGAAGCCCACUGUGCGGGAAACAUGAAGAUACCUACGUGCAUUUCUCGUCUUUUUGUUUGAUAAAAAAAAUUAACCAUUGGCCAAAUAUGGGUCCAUACUGUCCGCUCUCCUUUGUUGACUCCGUGGUUGGAUACUGAUCAGUUAGAAUGACUAAUUAGGGUUCUCAAUUCAUACCUCACUAAUUACACUUCACUAAUGGCGUCUUUUUAUCUUGUUCUCCUUGUGGUCUCUUUAACAUUUAGGCUGGUUAUUUCAAUCUGCCUUCUCAGAAAAAAAACGAGAUCCUGUUCGUAGAUUGGCGUAUUUUUUUUAGAAAAAUUAAUCAGUGACUAAUUCCUUUGUCGCAUUAACCUCAUUCUAUGCCUUAUUUAUGGAUUUUGGAAGAAGGUUGGAGCUCAACGAAAUUAAUAGAAUCCCGUCCAGUACAAGAUUAAAAUAACAUUCAUACAGCCGCCCACAAGAGAUUCAUCAAUCUAUAUUUCUUCAUUUUUGGGUAAAUGAAGUAAUAUUUGGAAGAAUGGGCCGAAUCUGCAUUGGUGAGAAGGGUCCGUCUUUCCCGCCAGCAGCUCCAGGAUGUAUGUAUGUGCUCUGGAAUAGUUGGAAGGUUGAACUGGGUUAGCUGACAAUGGACGCUGCAAGCCAUGUUCACUGCCUGAGAUGCCUUGAUGAAAUCGGUUCCGUCAUCUGGGAUCAAGUUGUUGGCACAAGGCAUGGCGUGAUUCCAUGAGAAUGGCUCAAUUCCGUGGAGAUGUUGCACUGCUUUAGCCGUAUCUGAGAUUCUGCUGCUUUGGUAUCAAAAUUUUAUGGGUUCUUCGCCUUAGACAUUUUCCACCUGAUAAGCUCGAUCAUGAUUUGUAAUUUUUAGGCAAGAGGAGAAGGAAGUGGUCAUUUAUCCGGGCACCCAUUUCUCCUCAGAUCUCGCAUUUGCUUCCUACCCAACAAAACUUGGCUUCCCUUGUUAAAAGUCAGGCUAUCCUUCACUACAGGCUGGAAUAUACUUUGCCAUCUGUCUAUCUUGAUGCAUAAUUAAUGUCAAUAAAUCUCAGUGGACUUCAGCUCAAGUUGAGAAAAUAACUGAACUGACGUCCAUCCAGCAGGGUUCGGUUAUAGACGACUGCAAAUCCCAAAGCCAUCCAACAAUUGAGUCGAAUUCCUGUUGGGAUUUUAUAUUUUAUGAUUUCUUUCGCAUUUCUUCAUAAACCGAAGCAUCUCCAAUAUGUUAUUCUCAUGCCUACGCCCAGGAGCUUACGUUCUUGAUUUAUAAACAGUCUUCUUCUGAUGUUUAAGCUUUGAUUCCCCAUGGCCAUAUCUUCCCUCUGAAGCUCCUAUUACCUUAAGAUCAUCUUCUUACCCAGGAAAGUUUACCUGCAGGAGGAGCGAUAUCCUGUGCUUCAGUGCAUGUGGGCGAGAUCCGCCCCGGCGGGGUGAGGGGAAACCACAGGCACCGGGGCUGCAACGAGACGUUCAUCCUCUGGGGCGCCGCCACAAAAUUUAGGGUAUUUUCUCGCUCUGUUGCUUGCGAUUGGAUUUUUUUUCCAAAUACUGAAGCUUUAAACAUGCGAGGAUCAUGCAGCUGGAGAACCCAAGCUUGGAAGGUGGCUACGCCGAAGCAACAAUCGGCCGCGACGAGGUGGCAGUCGCGGCGAGCCCGAGCGGAAGAGCCCAUGCCAUAAUCAACAUCGAUCCCCAACGAACAACCUUCCUCUUGGGCUGUCAGGAUAGUUUGAUCUUUUACAAUGACUCGAGCACAGAUUUCAACAUUUGGAAGGGACUUUGA